AUGAUUACUAUUAGGAAAGCCCUGAAUGAUUUUGAGGAAGGGACGAAUGUUUCCAUUUCGCAGCUCCAUUCUUGGCUAUCAUCUCCUACUCAUGUAAGGUCUGAUUAUGGGCGUUGGAACCCUCCUCCAGCGGGAGUUAUCAAGAUAAAUACAGAUGCUUCUUUCAAUUAUGAGACAUGUGAAGCAGGUUAUGGGUUUGUUGGUAGGAAUUCAGAAGGUAGACUGUUAGAUGGGUGUGCAGCGAAGUUCUCUUGCCUAUCACCAGAAGCGGCAAAAGGGAUAGCAGUAAGAGCUGCUCUGUUAUUUGCUAUCAGCAGAGGUUUCCCUUUCUGUCCCAUCCAUAUAGAUUCUAAUCAAAUUGUUCAGCUUAUAUUGACUACGCUAGCUCCUAUUCCUUGGGAUUUAGCGGCUAUCAUUCAUGAAAUUAAAGAUUUAAUGCAGCUUCAUCCUAGAAUACAAGUUUUCUUCUCCCCAAGAUCAGCAAAUAAAUGUGCAAACUGGGUUGCAGUUAAAGCUAGGAAUGGUUAUACUGUAAGUGGGUGGAGUUCUAACCCCCACAUCAACUUGUUUCUCUUCUACGGAAGGACUGUGUGUAACUUCUCUCAUUAA